UUUGUCCCUGUUUCACCGGAAAACAUAUGCGGACGGACACUGCUAAUUUUCCUGACAAAACAAACCCAAACCUACUCAAAUGUAUCCGUUUUUUGUUUCCCCAACAUUUAUCGGGCGACAUGGCGUACUCAGUAAUAUGCUGACACAUUACUAGCUAAGUAGCUAGUCCUUGUCAUUGGUAUUUGUGUUUAGUUUCUCGGAAUAGCUCGAUAGUAUUUUUAGCUAAGGUUAGAUGCUAAUCGCGUAGCAUCCUGCAGGCUGUCCCAUUAACAGCAUUAGUUGCACGGUCUUAUGCUAGCCAACCCAAGUGCCAGCAGGUCGCAUACGUCUUAGAACAACAGAGUCACAGGUCGGUCUUGUCGGGUGUAGCUGACACAAGCGCCAGGGUGGAGUUAGCGGUGUGGGGUCUAGAUCGUAUUGGAUAAUUAUGCAACGUUGGAAUUUUGAUGAGACACCAGUGGGUGAAGAUCGUUGCCAGCUGGGUUGGCUGUUGCUUUGUCAGUGAAGUCAUGCAUGACGUGAACUUUGUGUUGCUCAAGAGAAGCCUUUCCACCGUGUAGCGCCGAAGCCAUCCUCAGUGAGAGAUCUCCGCUGUUUACCUGCAAAAUGCCUGGAAUGGUGGUGUUUGGUCGGCGCUGGGGGAUAGCCAGCGACGACCUGGUCUUCCCGGGCUCCUUUGAACUGUUCAUCCGUAUACUUUGGUGGAUUGGCACCAUGGUGUUAUUCAUUUAUCACAAGGGUCACUUCGAAUGUAACGGGAGAGCAGUUCUUCAUAGCUACCUGGUUGGACUGCUGGUUGUGCUGGCACUCAUCAUCCUCUCACUGUGUGCUAUUGUCUACAUCAGUGCUCAAGGUACCAUUACAAACCCCGGCCCGCGGCGCUCUAUGCCUGCGCUGGUGUACCUGCGGGCGAUACUGUAUGUCCCUGAGCUGGUGUGGGCCUGUCUGGGAGCUGUCUGGGUGUCGGAUGAUGGCCGUGGUUGUGAUCCUGCCACGGUAGGAGCCGUUAUCUUGGCAGUUGUCGCCAGCUGGAUCAUCCUGCUGUUCACGGCCGUGGGGGUAGUGUUUGUUUUUGACCCACUGGGAAACCCUCGUCCUCAGCCUCCUGCCAUGGAGCCGCUGGGAGUGCGAGACAUGCAGAGCAGCGAGGGCACCCAGUUUCUAUCCACGGCUCGCUCACUCGCUGUUAAAGUGUGGGAGAGCAGGCUGCGGCUCCUAUGCUGCUGCCUGCCGCAGGACGAGAGCUCCCGGGCAGCGUUUUCCAGCAUCUCUCAGCUCUUCAGCAGCUUCUUCUCUGACACAGAUCUAGUUCCAAGUGACAUAGCAGCCGGUUUGGCUCUGCUGCACCAGGAGCAGGAUAAGAUGGAGCGAAGCAGAGAUCCUGAUGUCGUAGUCCCUCACAGCCCUUCCUCUCCUGUAGGAGAAGAUCUGGAGGCCGAGCUGGAGAAAGCCACCCACUGGAUGCAGUUUGCUGCGGCGGCUUACGGCUGGCCGCUGUACAUUUACUCCAACCUCUUUACCGGGCCCUGCAAGCUCAGUGGAGACUGCUGCAGGAGUCGCGUAGCCGAGGACGAAAUCGUUGGAGGAGAUCACCUCGGCUGCCACUUCUCAUCCAUCCUACAAACCACUGGUUUGCAGUACAGAGACUUUAUCCACGUCAGCUUCCACAACCAGAUCUAUGAGAUCCCCUUCUUCGUGGCUCUGGAUCAUAAGAGGGAGGCGAUUCUGGUGGCUGUCAGAGGAACUCUUUCACUGAAAGAUGUCCUCACAGACCUGUCUGCUGAAUGUGAGAACCUGCCUGUAGAAGGAGUGUUGGGAGCCUGCUACGCCCACAAGGGCAUCAGCCAGGCAGCGGGUUACGUCUACAAGAGGCUGGUGAACGAUGGCAUCCUGAACCAGGCUUUCUCCAUUGCACCGGAGUAUAAAUUGGUGAUCACCGGUCACAGUUUGGGUGCUGGUGCAGCCUCAGUGCUGGCUAUCCUCUUGCGCAAUUCCUUCCCCACCCUGCAGUGCUAUGCCUUCUCUCCACCAGGGGGCCUCCUAAGUAAAGCUUUAGCUGAUUACUCCAAGGACUUUGUGGUCUCAGUGGUCCUGGGAAAGGAUCUGGUUCCCAGACUGAGCAUUCCAAACAUGGAGGAUCUGAAGAGAAAGCUACUGAAAAUAGUUUCAAACUGCAAUAAACCCAAAUACCGCAUCCUGCUGCAGGGAUGUUGGUAUGAGUUGUUUGGCGGAGACCCGGAUGACUGCCCCACUGAGAUGGAUAACAGGAGGGAGCAAGAGCUUAGCCAGCCCCUCCUGGGAGAGGAGUCUCUAAUCGUUCGCCACUCAUCCUCCUAUCAGAGCCUGGGAUCAGAUGAAUCACCCGCCCACACACCUGCACACUUGCCUCUCUUCCUGCCGGGACGCAUUCUGCAUAUCACAGAAGAUGGGCCGACACGGAGAUCCUGCUUUUCCCAGGUCCGGUACCGUGCAGACUGGUCAAAUGAAAUGGCAUUCCGGAGUAUUUUGAUCAGCCCCAGGAUGCUUACGGAUCACAUGCCCGACAUUGUGCUCCGAGCACUCGGCACUCUGACCAAGGACAAGCCCUUUUCCCUGUGCCCUUCAUCUUUAAGCGACAGCCAGCACAACGCUAUCUGAAAUGUACCAUAGAGACUGUUUCCUUGUGUCUUCGCGUGGCCUGUAAUUACACCAUUUCCUCAUAUUUUGGCUCCAAGCCUUAUGAAAUUUCAAAGAUUUCAAAUAUACAAGUAUUUGAUCAGAGAAUACGUGAAAGCGUAGCCUGUUAUGAUCGCCAUGGAGGGAACCUUAUUUGUAAAGAAAAACUCUCUGGAGCACAAGUUUCAUUUGUUUAAUUGCACUUUUAAUGAUUUAUAUCAAAUAAUUUUAUGUAUUUUGACUUUGAGUUACUCCUUGAGCAUCUGAAUGCCAUGAUCUUUGAAUGUGCGUUGUGUACAAUAUUUGACAGUGCUGCAGUUUUUACCGUGAUGCCGGUGUUGUUGAUUUUUAUGUCUGUGUGAGCGGUGUGUGGUUGGAAGAGGCUGCCCCCUCCUUUCUUAUCUUCUUUCUCUUCAGAGAGUGAGAGCAGACUGAGUCAGGGUGAUAAAGGGGUAGCUUUCGCCACAGAAACCUGUACUGGAUUCACACCUUCAUUGUGUAGUAGCUGCGGUUAGCUUGUCCUGUGUUUAAUGUCUUGAGACAUCAGGGUGAACAGUGCCUAUGCAUUACAGAAACCAAGCUGAGAGACACGGUGAUGAGCACAGCUUGUUUACAGUGAGAUUUUUUUUUUCCUUCAGUGCAGUUUGAAUAGUGCAUGGUGUUUGACAUAAAUGUGUUGGUGUAAGAAGUAGAAAGAUUGUACUUACACAAAAGGUGGGAACCUGUUUACUUGCCAUGGAUAUUGCUCAUUUCAGGUGAUAUAUAUAUAUUAUAUUAUAAUAUGCCUGCAUAACAAUCUCAAAUCCUCAGUAGAAAGCGUUGGACUCCUGGAUGCAAUUAAACUCUUUUGUGAAGCACACCUUUUUUAUUCUUUCAUUUUUCCCCUCUUCUGAAUAAACAAUGGGUUUCUCAGUGAGAGGAGCCUGUUGAUCUUAGAGCCAGCAAGUUUUAUAAAGCUUAACAAUGGGAUUAAUCCACGGACUGAAGCCACAGGAGUCAGUUGGGGGGAUGUAAUUAUGAACAGGCCAGGAGGCAUUAGUUCUUACCCUAUUUUUAACUUUAAACACAAAUUCAAGAAAAAAAAAAGUGACUAUUGUUAUGUAAUGUAGACAGCUCAUUUGAAAGAGGCAGCGAGAUCAAUGUAAGCAAUAAUGAAGAGUUUUAACUAAUAUAUAUGUGUGAAUAUGUGUGUGUGUGUGUGUGU